AUGGCGUUGCACAGAAGCGGAGCCUUGGCCUCCGCUGCCUCCAACGCAGGAGGAGGGGCGCCACCCCCGCGGAAGCGCGAAGAUGAGCCUUCUGCUUUCGACGGGGACUACACACAGACCAUGACCUUCCGGCUGGACGGGAAGGUGGUGACGGAGCCGACAAAUCACGACCGGGUUAUGCGCCAGUGUGACUACUAUUUCAAUUAUCAGAACUGGAUCGACGGACAGAACACUGCCGUGGCAAGCAAGAAGCGGCCCGGGAAGACCACUGGGGAUGGCGGCUUCAAGCGCCGCCGCUGA